GCGUCCCUGCGCCGCGCCCGCCUCGCGCUCCCUGUCACGGCGUCCGUCCCCAGGCCUGCCGCCCGCGUCCGGCUCGGCUCUGCGGCGGCCUGGCCCGAUGGCGCUUCAGCGGAGGGCCGCAACCAAGGCGCCCGAGGGCAACGGAGCUGCCGAGCGCCGGAACCGGAGCAGCACCAAGAAGGACCGAGCCCCGCGGGAGGUGCAGAGGCUUUGGCAGAGGCCGUGGCUAAGGACUGCGGGCCUGGGGGCCAGCCUUGUGCUCACCGCACUUCUGCUCUGGAGCAGCUUAGGGGCCGAAGACGGGGUCGCAGAGGUCCUGGCCCGCCGUGGCGAGGUCGUGGCGGGGAGAUUCAUCGAGGUGCCCUGCUCUGAGGACUACGACAGUCACCGUAGGUUUGAAGGCUGCACCCCCAGGAAAUGCGGCAGAGGUGUCACCGAUGUCGUCAUCACCAGGGAGGAAGCGGAACAGAUUCGCAGCAUAGCUGAGAAGGGGCUCUCCCUGGGAGGAUCUGACGGAGGGGCAUCCAUUCUGGACUUGCACUCAGGGGCCCUGUCUGUUGGGAAGCACUUUGUGAACCUGUACAGAUACUUUGGGGAUAAAAUACAGAACAUCUUCUCAGAGGAGGACUUCCAGUUAUACCGGGAGGUGCGGCAGAAGGUCCAGCUCACCAUCGCCGAGGCUUUUGGCAUUAGCGCGUCCUCACUGCAUCUGACCAAGCCCACCUUCUUCUCCCGCAUAAACAGCACGGAGGCGCGGACGGCGCACGACGAGUACUGGCACGCGCACGUGGACAAGGUGACCUAUGGCUCCUUCGACUACACCUCGCUGCUGUACCUCUCCGACUACCUGGAGGACUUUGGCGGAGGGCGGUUCGUGUUCAUGGAGGAGGGCGCCAACAAGACGGUGGAGCCGAGAGCCGGCCGCGUCUCCUUCUUCACCUCGGGGUCCGAGAACCUGCACCGAGUGGAGAAGGUCCACUGGGGCACCCGCUAUGCCAUCACCAUCGCCUUCAGCUGCAACCCCGACCACGGCAUCGAGGACCCAGCGUUCCCGUAGCCGGCAGCCGGACCAAGAUAACUUCAGGAGGGCCCGUGUGGAGGCAGCCACGCCACGGGCGGCACUCCUGGGCCACGCCAGUCGUGCGCCCACCCCACGUCCACCCAUUCCCAUUGCACAGAGUGCCUUAGGAAUUCCCUGAUUUUGAUUUGCUGAUAUGUUAAUCUUUUCCUCCGUGAGUAAAUGGAGGGAACCAGCUCUUCACUUCUCCAGCAUCGUGUGUGCUUGGGCUGUAGGCCUGGGAGCCUGAGCUGGAGGCCAGCCCCUCCCUCGGAGAGGGACCCAGCAGGAGGGGGCACGAGUCCCCAUCUGUGAACGGACAGGACUCAUCCACCUGUGUGGCCUCGUCCAAGCUGAGCAACCCCCGGCCCAUCAAAGACUGGCAAAAGCAUCAGCUGUAAAUGGGGACAAACGUCGGUCCAGCAGCUUCUGUUCGGGGUCUCGGGAUCAGCGAACCGCGGCAGCUUUGGAGAAGGGUCGUGAGUGGCGGCUCUGGAGGCAGCAGUGGCGGCUUUGGGGUGGGUGGGGGUUCUGCUGGAUUCAGGUGGAGGUGAACAUCAGCCGUUCCCACAGCCCUGCGUGUACCCCCAGUGCUCCUGGCUCACGAAUCACCAUGGGCACCACGGCCCCACACGCCAGGCGUGGCCCUGUCAGCGGCCAGCAUCCCGAGGGCCUGGGUCCCAGUGUCCUCACCAAGGAGGCUCUUGGCGUCGCUGUGCCGGCUCCCGUGGGCCUUCUCCUGGGCUGAGGCUAGGUCUCCUCCUCCCCCUUUGCCCUGGCAUUAAACUGAUGGCCAGGCUGGGC